AUGGAUCGCACAGCUGACAAGGAAGUACAGUCUCUCAUAGACAUGCUCGAUACGGCUAUAAACGAAAUCAGGUUGGAUCAAAUGCAAGACAAGAAUAGUAAGCUUAUUGCUAGAAACCCAGGGGUCUCUCGCAAACCCGUGAAGAUUCAAAAUCGGCUGGGCAACCAGCGAGCUGGGACAGCGAGUAUAAAAGAAGAAGAUAUUGCUGCCCUACGUCGAGUAAGUGCGAGACUGGACAGAAAGGUUACUACGCCACGAUUAAGAAGUGCCAUAUUUCGUGCAAUUAGAAACAGGUUCCUCAGCACAUUCCGCCGCAACCAGCUCCAGAUGCAUACGGCAGGAGUCCAACAGCCGAUUAACGGGGGCAAUCCCAUGGUAGCUCAUGAGGGAAACUGUGUGGCUGAUGCAUACCUAUACAAAAUCGGACAGAGAAAGGACGCUGCAACCUUUAUCGAGCUAUAUGGAAUUCCACCUCAGGUUGUAUCAUCGCUUAAUUCACAGAAGCAUACACUGGCCAUCGAAACCAUCAAUGAUUACGGGACAUAUAGGUCGAAGGCGCAUGUACCUAUACGUCUGAAACUGGCAUAUGACGGCUUCAUAAGUGCUCUCAUUUGGAACAUGGAUCCAGGACAUCUUGAGGAUGUCCAUACGAAAGUUGGUAGGCGCUAUCAGGAAUUCCUGUCCGCCAAAAAUAAAUACGGGGGAUCUUGAGGAUCCUCUUCCAAUGUCCGCAAGCGCUCGUAUACACUGUUUCUGGGGACACCACAUUUUGAACAAGGAACUGCUUUUAUACCUUCUGUGAGCCUCUAUACCCCAUAUCUAGAUUUUCUUCGCUUUCUUGCUAGAAUGACAUUAUAAAUAAUGAAGUGGUCCCCGUCGACGAAUAUAGCAGAGAGAAGUAAUGGUGGAAGUUCUUAGUUCUUCGUAUCAGAUUUUGACCAAGCGCAUUCGGGCCCUCGUGAAUCUGUUAG